UGUAACUGCGCCGUCGUCUUCUUGCUGCAAGGGGACGGUGAAGACCAUGGAUUGGCGCCGUACAUGACUCUCCAGAUCAGGUAUACCUAUACCACCCCUUUGGGACCUCGUGAGAUCGCCCAGGGGCUGACCUAGAGAAAAAGCAUGAUGGACAAGUUCGCCAUGCCAAUUAUACCACUUACAUCAGUGGAUGAUCUCCCAGACACCCUCCUCUCAUUCGCAAGUCGGCUCACCGCUACCAAGCCUUCGUUGCCUUGCCCUCCCGGCUCCACCCCACAAGCCCUUCUUCCACAUUGUGCUCUCGGGCCCCCGCUCUCACCGCACGCGACUAAUGUCCUUAGCGACAUCAAUUCAAGCUUCAGUGAUCUUCUAGACAAGGCAACGAAGCCAGAGGGGCAAAUGAUUCUCCAAGACUACGUUGGGGCCGACGCAGAACGUGUCAUUCGUUUCUGCAUGGGCGACGAAGCUGCAGAAUGAUCUGCCACAGGAGGGAAACAUGUGGAUCGAGUAAUACGAAGGACACGCUCACCUCUACAUAGUAUAUUCUGACAGUGGCAUCGUCCA